AUGACUCAACUGUACCCCGUUCUACUCUCAUUCGCCGUCAUCUCGACGGCCCUUGCGGUUGAACUCACAUUCGAACUGCCCGAUAAUGCAAAGCAGUGCUUUCACGAAGACAUUCGCCAGGGCAUCGACUCCACAGUUGAAUUUCAGGUUGUAACCGGCGGCAAGUAUGAUGUUGAUAUGACGCUGACCGGUCCACGUGGAGAAGUGCUUUAUCAGGGCGUCAAGAAGCAGUUUGACACCUUCAAAUGGAAGCCCGCCAGCACCGGCACCUAUUCGGUGUGCUUCAGCAAUGAGUUCUCCACAUUUAGUCACAAGCUGGUCUACUUUGACUUUACCGUUGGCGAAGAAGCUCCCCUACCUGGCACGCAAGAACACUUGACAGCCAUGACUAAGAUGGAGCAGGCAGCGGUGAAUAUUCACGAAAGCCUUAACACAAUUCUUGAUGCUCAAACUCACUACCGACUGAACGAAGCCAAGGGCCGUAAGCGAGCCGAAGAGCUCAACAGUCGCGUCAUGACAUGGUCGUUGUUCGAGACCUGCGUCGUUCUGAUAAUCGGCAUCGGCCAAGUUAUGAUUCUCAAGAACUUUUUCACUGACAAGCGAUCUAUGGUGUCUGCAACAUAA